AUGAGUUUAGAAAAUGAUGAUAAGAGAGCACGCACACGAUCAAAGUCUGUCAGAGGUCCUCUUGCCACUACCCCAGCAGCUCUGAGCUGCCCAACCCCUGGCUGCAAUGGCUCAGGACACAUCCGUGGAAAGUAUGCAAGACACAGAAGUUUACAGAGCUGCCCCCUGGCAAAGAAGAGGAAACUCCAGGAUGCAGAAGCCGAGCAUCUGGUGUCCAAGAGAAAAUCCCAUCCCCUCAAGCUGGCCCUGGAUGAAGGCUACAACGUCGACAGCGAUGGCAGUGAGGAAGCUGAGGUGAAGGAGGAGUCGGGCUCCGAGGAGUCAGAAGGGACCUUGGAGGAGGAGGAGGCGGUGGAGCAGGAGGAGACCCAGAGCCCCGAGCCAGCAGAAGGGAGAAGCCCAGCAACCCCAUCCCAUUAUGGACAAGCCUCAGCCACCAGUACAUCAGGGCCCAGCAAGGGCAGCUACAGCACCUAUCAAGAAAUCAUCGCCAACUCCCUCCUCAACCUGGGCCAGAUAGCAGAGGAGACCCUGGCCAUCGAAGGGCAGCUGCCUGAACCCGAGCUGCAGGUCCCCAAACCUCCCCCCAACGUCGUGCACUUGGUCCACGAGGACCCGGGAGAGGAGCUGGGGGAGGAGGAGUGUGACAAGGACAUCAUCAUCCAGACGGAGGACGCCGAGGAGGUCAUCGAGGUGACCAGCGAGCGCAGCAGCGAGGUGGGUCCUGAGCACAGGGAUGAGGAUGGGAACUGUGAGGAGUCCUGCAAAGUGCAGAAGGCUGAAGCAGAGGAAGAGGAGGAGGAAGAGGAGGAGGAGGAAGAGGAGGAUGAAGAGGAGGAGGAGGAAGAGGAAGAAGAGGAGGAGGAUGAAGAGGAAGAAGAAGAGGAGGAGGAGGAAGAGGAGGAGGAGAUGGCUCCUGAAGUGAUCUGUGAAGAAGCUCCUCACACUUCUCAGGACACCCAAAAAAGCCACUGUGAGGGGCAGUUCAGCCCCAAGCCUGAGUACUCUGUCAUCGUGGAGGUCCGGUCAGAUGAUGACAAAGAUGAUGACGCCCGUUCCCAGAAAUCAGCAGUGACAGAUGAGUCGGAGAUGUACGACAUGAUGACCAGGGGCAACCUGGGGCUGCUGGAACAAGCCAUUGCCCUGAAAGCUGAGCAGGUGAAAAUCGUCCGGGAGCCCAGCCGGGUGCCAGGAGAACACGUGAAGCACUUCCAGGUGGAUGAGAAACAGGGAAAACCCUUGGACAGCAUCCGGAAGAGCUACUAUGGCAAAGAUCCUUCGAGACCUGAGAAGAGAGAAAUCAAAUGUCCAACUCCUGGCUGUGAUGGGACUGGCCACGUCACAGGGCUCUACCCCCACCACCGCAGCCUCUCUGGUUGUCCCCACAAGGACAGGAUCCCACCCGAGAUCCUGGCCAUGCAUGAGAACGUGUUGAAAUGCCCCACUCCAGGCUGCACGGGACAGGGACACGUCAACAGCAACCGCAACACUCACAGGAGUUUAUCUGGGUGCCCCAUUGCUGCUGCUGAAAAAUUAGCCAAAUCACAUGAAAAGCAACAAACCCAGUCUGGUGAUCCUUCAAAGACCAGCUCCAAUUCUGACCGGAUACUCAGGCCUAUGUGUUUUGUGAAGCAACUGGAGAUUCCCCAGUAUGGAAGCUACCGGCCCAACAUGGUCCCAGCAACCCCCCGGGCCAACCUAGCCAAGGAGCUGGAGAAAUACUCCAAGGUCACCUUCGAUUAUGCAAGUUUUGAUGCUCAGGUUUUUGGCAAACGCAUGCUUGCCCCAAAGAUUCAGACUAACGAAACCUCACCUAAAGCCUUUAAAUGCUUCGACUACUCCCACGACGCCGAGGCUGCACACAUGGCUGCCACUGCCAUCCUCAACCUCUCCACACGCUGCUGGGAAAUGCCAGAAAAUCUCAGCACCAAGCAGCAAGAGACCCCCAGCAAGUCCAUGGACAUCGAGGUGGAUGAAAACGGGACCCUGGACUUGAGUAUGAACAAGCACCGCAAACGGGAGAGCACCUUCCCCAGCAGCAGCAGCUGCAGCAGCAGUCCCAGUAUGAAGUCCCCAGAUGUGUCCCAGCGCCAAAACAGCACCAGUACCACCAGCAGCACCAUGACCUCCCCCCAGUCCAGCCAGACCUCCCGCCAGGAUGAAUGGGAUGGGCCCAUUGACUACACUAAACCCAACCGUCAGCGGGAAGAGGAGCCGGAGGAGUCAGAGCCUGCUGCCCACUCUUUUGCCUCCUCGGAAGCUGAUGAGCAAGAAGUGUCAGAGGAAAACUUUGAAGAACGAAAAUACCCCGGGGAAGUUACCUUAACCAACUUCAAGCUCAAAUUCCUCUCCAAGGACAUCAAGAAAGAGCUGCUCACUUGCCCAACCCCAGGCUGUGAUGGCAGUGGACACAUAACAGGGAACUAUGCCUCUCACCGCAGCCUUUCUGGUUGUCCUCUUGCUGACAAGAGCCUCAGAAACCUCAUGGCUGCCCACUCUGCUGACCUCAAGUGCCCUACUCCUGGUUGUGAUGGCUCUGGUCACAUAACAGGAAAUUAUGCAUCCCAUAGAAGUCUGUCAGGCUGCCCUCGUGCCAAGAAAAGUGGGAUCAAGAUCACCCCGACCAAGGAUGACAAAGAAGACCCCGAGCUGAUGAAGUGCCCUGUUCCUGGCUGUGUUGGGCUUGGACACAUCAGUGGCAAAUAUGCUUCCCACCGGAGCGCCUCGGGAUGUCCCCUGGCAGCCCGCAGGCAGAAGGAAGGAUCCCUCAAUGGCUCCUCCUUUUCUUGGAAGUCACUGAAGAAUGAAGGCCCAACCUGUCCAACCCCGGGCUGUGAUGGCUCUGGCCAUGCCAAUGGGAGCUUCCUCACUCACAGAAGUUUGUCAGGGUGUCCAAGAGCUACUUUUGCUGGGAAGAAAGGAAAACUCUCAGGGGAUGAAAUUCUCAACACAAAGUUCAAGACCAGUGAUGUUCUGGAGAAUGAUGAAGAGAUCAAGCAGCUGAACAAGGAGAUCAGUGAGCUGAAUGAAUCCAACUCGGAGAUGGAAGCAGCCAUGGUGAAACUGCAGUCACAGAUCUCCACCAUGGAGAAGAACCUGAAGAACAUUGAGGAGGAGAACAAAAUCAUAGAGGAGCAAAACGAAGCCCUGUUCCUGGAGCUCUCAGGGUUGAGCCAGGCUCUCAUCCAAAGUCUUGCCAAUAUCCGCCUUCCGCACAUGGAGCCAAUUAGUGAGCAGAACUUCGAUGCAUACGUGAACACACUGACUGACAUGUACACCAACCAGGAGUGCUACCAGAACCCUGAGAACAAGGACCUGCUGGAGAGCAUCAAGCAAGCUGUCAAGGGCAUCCAGGUUUAG